UUGCGCGAAAAUAAUUUGACAGCGUUUUGCUGACACUGGAAUUUUGCACCACAGAUUGGGGUGGGGGGGCAGCGCCCCCUUGCAGGAGUCAUGCAUGGAAUUCCAUGCACAAGGUGCCCGGAGCAUGCCAAGGGUAUUGUCCUGUUUGAAGUCGUAACACUUCAGCCUUUUUUAUGAAGAAAUGAAACGUCCACAGCCUGAAAGUGGAACAACCGUCCAGAAAGAAUUUAGUUCUGUAGCACAAGCAGACUAGCUGAACGGAUAAACAUAACUUCGCAACAUUCAUUUUUUGUGUGCUUGAGACCUCUCAGGGAUUACAGUUCUUUUUUUUUUUAAUGGUUCUUGAUGAGAUAAAAAGUGCUGAAAAUGGGGGAUCAGCAGAUGUACAAAACGAACCAUGUCAUGAACAACAAUGAAAACGUGUAUUACCACCAGCAGCAGCAACACCUGAAUUCGCUUGCACCUUUAAACCACAGCUAUGGAACGUCAGCCAUGGAUGCAUCUCAGGAUUCUCCACUCUCCCCCUCGUUCCCUCAUGAUAGUAGGGAAAAUAUAGCUUUGAAUGUUGGGUCCAAAACGCUUGGUGUGAUGGAUUGUCCUAGGCAGGCAAGCUGGGGCCAUUUGGGUUCUGGGAACCACAUCCCAGUGAGGAACAGUCAGAAUGUCAUGUGGAGCCCAGCAGGGCAAGGAGAACCAACCGACGGAUAUGACCACCUCUGUUCCCAAGCCAACGAGGUCCGGUCACAGAAACUGACGAGUGGGGUUUUGCAUAAAUUAGACUCCUUUGCCCAAGUCUUUGCUAACCAGAACUUAAGAAUCCAAGUCAACAAUGUCUCUCAGAUCGUUCAGUCUCAGUCUUUGGAGGUGGAAAACACCGGUGACAGUGCGCUUCGGCAGCUGCUGUCCCAGAAGCCGGCCAUUGAGCAACAGCCUGUGCAGAGAUACCAGCAGGUGCCACAGCAGGUCCAUCAGGGGUUUGCAAGCGUGCAGCAGCAGCAGAAGCAGCAGCAAAUGCACUUGAUGCAGCACCAACAGCCUCUUUAUUACGAUGACCAGCAACAUUUAGCCCACGUCCAAAUGCACCCUGCAAUGCACCAAGGGCAGGCUCACUUGCAGCAAAUGCAUUCUCAGCACCUGCUGCCACAGCAGCUACAGCAGGAACAGUACUACCUGCAGCAGCAAUCCCCCCACCAAGGACAGCACAGGCUGUUGAUGCAUGAGAUGCAGCAGCAGCAGCAGCAGCAGCAGCAGAGACAAUGCCCAAUGCAAACAGCUCAGUAUUAUCCAAUACAGCCUAUGAUGCAACAGUUGCAGCAGCAGCAGCAGAUGCAGAUGCAACUUCCUCCCUAUCACAGAGAUCCUGACCAGAAGCCUCUGCAUGAGGCUCACCAGUACUCCCAAGAUCGGGGCCAUCCUGUGCAGUUGAUUCAGCUGGGAGCAGUUCCUCAGUACUUCUAUCAAGAUCAACAGCAGUCAUUCAGAAAUUUGUAUCCAUCGGGUUUAUUGCAGCAGCAGCAGCAGCAGCAGCAGCAGCAGCAGCAGCAGCAGCCACCUGGCGAUGCCAGUCAGCCAGACCAUUACCAGAGCGACAACAAGGCUCGGACACUGCUGGACUCUCAGCUUGGACUCCCUGGCGCAGAGGGGACUGAGGGCCCAGCGCCACAGGACGUGAAUUCGGUUGGUAGCAGUGUCCCUCAUCAACCUCUUAUACCUCCAGCCAGUAUCCACAUGAAUAACAAAGGGCUCCAGCAAUUGUCGCCCAGUGCAGUGUGGCCUCAGCAGAUCCAGCUACCUGAUGGCAGGCUCCAGUCAGCUUCCCCUGACCAAAGUGGUCACGAUAAAGAACCUUAUGUUGAGAAUUCUGAGUCAAAGAGCAAGCUAACGUGUUCUGUAUGCUUGAAGGAAUUUAAAAGUUUACCAGCCCUAAAUGGUCACAUGAGGUCUCAUGGAGGGAUACGGGCAUCUCCUAUUUUCAGACAGGAGGAAGGACAGAACCUGCCGCAGCAGCAGCAGCACCCGCAGCAGCAGCAGCAGCUGCCCUCCGAGGUGGAGCGCUUCGUGCCUAUCGUCAUGCCCGUUUCUGUCCCUGUCAAGCAUCUGUCGCCCGAUCCCAGCAAGCAGGCCGCUGACGGCUGUGCUGCAGUCAAAGACAAGCCUGUCUCAGAUGAUGAGAUGCCUGUCCUUGUGAGGAUGACUUACUCUCCGCCACGCUCCCCUAAACUGGUCAGCCCGUGCGCGUCUUCUGAUCUCAACAAAAAACACCACCAAAGCAUCACCAACUGUGAAGAAAGCUUCAAACCUUUUCAGGACAAGAAGAAAUACCGCCACAGACCCGAACCACUCUUCAUACCACCUCCGUCGCUCAACCUCAGUGCAUCUCACUCAGGCGCUACCCUGUACCAAAGCCAGCUUCGCUCUCCCCGCAUCCUAGGAGACCACCUGCUUGACAGGAUUCAUGACCCCCCUCCUUACACCCCCCCUCCAAUGCUCAGCCCGGUACGGCAAGGAUCUGGUCUCUUCAGCAGCGUUAUCACAUCUUCUCAUGGUACAUCUCACCCGCAGCUGCCGCUCACUCCUCUGACGCCCACUCCCCGGGUGCUCCUCUGUCGAUCUAACAGUGUUGAUGGAAGCAUUGUUCCCGUGACCCCGGGGCCUGGAGAACAGGCAAUUGACAUUGAACCCCGUAUCAAUAUUGGAUCGAGAUUCCAAGCUGAUAUCCCUGAACUUAAAGACAUUGCAUCAGUGAGGAAAGAGGAUCACAAGGCAACAUUAGUUUGGAAACCUUGGCCAGAACUAGAGGACAAAAGUUUCCAACAAAGAGUGACCAACUUCUUAAAUACGUGUUGUUCAAGUAUAUUAACUGGUGGAGGAACCAAUCUAGAAUAUGGUUUGCAUUCUCUCUUUGAAGCUAAAGGGGAUAUUAUGGUUGCUCUGGAGAUGCUUCUUUUGCUGAAACCAUCAAGAGCAAAAUCACAUCCUCUGGCAAAUUAUCACUAUGCUGGUUCAGACCAGUGGACACCCGUUGAAAAAAAACUGUUCAACAAAGCACUAUCCACAUACAGCAAAGAUUUUAUUUUUGUACAGAAAAUGAUGAAGUCUAAAACAGUAGCACAGUGCGUGGAAUACUAUUACACCUGGAAGAAAAUUAUUCAUUUAGGACGAAAGCACAGAACACGCCUAGCAGAAGUAAAAGAUGAAUGUCCGACUAGUGGAGAAGAGGAGUUGGAGGAAGAAGAGCAGAUAGAGGAAGACCGAAAAUCUGUCAAAGAAGAGGAAAUUGAAGUCCAGAAUUCUCCUGACCCACCACCAAUUGCUGUUGCUGCCCCCAUUAGCUUGCCUUCCCUGCAGAGCCUCACAAUUGCCGUGACCUCUUUUACCUGUGAAAUACCAGACUGUGGGGCUAUAUUCAGCUCCAGACAAGCCCUGAAUGGCCAUGCUCGUAUUCAUGCUGGUACAAACCCUGGGGUGAAAAACCGCUGCGGAGGCCCUGGCCCAAAGCAGAAACCCAGUACUCAGAAUGACUAUGGCUCUCUCAAAAGCUCCCCUGCUCAUAGCACCACAAGUGGUGAGACUGAUCCGCCUACAGUCUUCCCUUGUAAAGAAUGUGGCAAGAUGUUUUUCAAGAUUAAAAGUCGCAAUGCUCACAUGAAAACACACCGGCAGCAGGAAGAGCAGCAACGGCAGAAAGCCCAGAAGGCUGCUGUUGCAGCUGAAAUGGCAGCCACAAUUGCAAGGACUACAAGGCCGGCUGGGCAUGGCUUGAUUCCAUUGGAUCACUUGGACUUGAUAAAGCAGGUUGAAUCAGCAGAGGAUCUCAGCAGCGAUGUUGUUCAAGAAUUGGGAGGGGUCAUUGACAGUACUGAAAUGAUUGAUCCCGGCCUCUUACUGGGUGAAGAAGACACGGAAUUACUUCAGGAUGACAUUGAGCUGUAGAAGAAAUAAGUCAAUUCUGUAAAAUUACAGAUGCCAGUUGAAAUUUGUUUCUGCCACUGGGAAGGCUAAAUAUCUACUUCCCUUUUUAUUUUACACUGUUUGAAUAGUUGAACUACUUUUUAUCCAGGACUGGGGGGAAAAACAAAUCUGAGUUUUUGUUGUUAUUUUAUUUUAUUUUAUUUUAAUUUUAUUUUUGGCAGUAAGUCAGCUUGGUUUCAAAGUAUGGAAAACAAUUCAAGUUUAAAUGUACUUUGUCUAAUGCCUUGGAAACCAAUAAGUUCAGCGAAGUUCGUGUUUUCUUUUCAUUUUCUUUCGGACAUUUUCAUGAGAAGCCCCCAAUUCUUCGAACUCCUCAGGGUUUUCUUCUCUCCCCCAUCCCAUCUCUACCCCUAUAUAAGUAGAAAUUCUUUUACAAUGUGUUUCAUUUUGUGCCUUUUAGUUCUGGCCCCAAAACAUCUGCAACAGCUAAGAGUAAUUUCAAAUGGCAAGAUAAUUGAACGAUAACUGCCACUGCAAUAAACACGAGUUGGACGUGGAAUAGAUUGGUGGCAUCUGGAAGAUUUGCCCUGGAUAAAAACAUAUAGUUGGAUUGGCCCAAGGUAUUAUGGCAUUUCUAUAGGGGAUGCUGCCCUGGGCCAAUCAAGCAGCUGAGGCAAAUUCUUUCCCAUGGCACCAAAGGUUCUGUGCCAGAUAUAGAUUUUCAUAUUUUCUCUUAACAAGAUGUGUUCUGAUGUCAGAUGUAGUUGCGCACAGGUAAAUUGUGCGCUGGUUAUGUGCAUAAGGAUUGACUUGGUGCAUUCUGCUCUGCUUUACUUGGAUCUGAAAGAAACCUGAGCGGCCCUGAAACAUGAGAGAGAACAGCUAAAUUGGGCCUCUUGAGUAAAUAUUCAUUUUCACUGAAUCUUAAUCUUUAUAAGGCAGUUUGUUUGCAAAGCGUUCUAUAUUCAUAUUGUGCACUUCAGAGAUUCCACACUCAAGAGCCAGGGUCAGUGUAAUCAGAAGUAUUUUGAGUCUUACGACUGAAGAAAGACAAUUCUUUAGACUUCACUGUCAUAGAGCUGCUGAAAUCUCAACCCCCCAACUGAAAAAUAUUGAAUGUGGAUGCACAUUAUCAAUUAGAGUUUACUAAAAUACUUCUGAUUUGUCAAAGUAAAUCACAUUGUUUAAACGUUAUCCUUGAGACUAGUAGGGAUAUACUUCUUUUAGCUGUGCAGAAGCAUCCUCCUGAGGUGGUACGCAUCAAGACCUUUCCUUACAGAGAGAAAGAAGAGGAGGAGAGGCCCACCUUCAGGUCUGUUUGUUUCAAAAGUGAUUCUUCCAAGCCCUAAAAAUAAUAAUCUUAAGCCACGUUUUUGAAUUUGCACUUUGUCUCUAAUUACGUUAUUUUAUGUGAUUGUUCUAGUGGUUCUGGAGUACACAUGUGCGUGGGUUUGGGUGAUUCAAUAUACACGCAAGCUUUGGUGCUACUUGAUUCACUUUUGUAAAUUGGAGAACACACCACAUACAAAAUAGGGCAACCUCAGCACAUGCAGAACUCUGUUGAAACCCCAUGGUGGUUUGUUUUUUUAAAUCAUUUACAAGUUUUAAAAGCUGCCAUUUAUAGAAGUUUUUUUUUAAAAAAAAAGUAACUUUUUUAUGUUAGUAUAAAUAUACUUAACGUUGAUUUUUUCAUGCCUGCGAAUACUCUUCAAUGGGCCCAUAGCCUUGCUGCUGGAAGCUGAAAGCCCCAGUAAUCCUAGGAAAUUUUGGUGACCGUAGGUCAGGUGCAAGUGUGUUCUAAUAAAAUAUAGGACAAUGAGUGUUUAUCAAGUUCCAUAUCUGGUAACAAUACUAAGAUUCAGAAACACUCCCAUUUCAUUUUCAUAUGUUUCUAUUUUACCAAUCUGCUGCAAGGCUGCAAAUUAAGUCUAAAUCUCAUCCAAAUAAAAUAAUUACGGUCCUGGACCUCCACUUCCCUGAUUUUGCUUUGUUUAACUGUGCACAAACUAGAUUUUAAAACACAUUAAUGGCUAAUGUUUUAUGGUUACCUUAGGCUGAAAAUUAAAUGAGGGUCAAACAGUCUCCCUUUCUUUCCUACUUGUGUGCUUUGGCCAUGUUCUUGCAAGUCAGAAUGUUCAACUUUGGAGUGAUUCAGCUAGGCCGCCUGCAGCUCUUUCUCUUCGAGAGCCAGAAGUGGGAUCACUCCAGGCAUAGUUCUUUGCAUCAUAGUCAUUGCUUAGAAAUGUCCCAAAUUGGUGUGAAAAUUGCACGAGUAUAUUAAGUUCCUUGAACCUGUGUUAGCACAGUCAUGAAUACUUCCUUAAGAGCCAAAUAAUAGUCUCAGAGAAAUUCAUAGUCUUAGAGAAACAAAAAUGUUUCUCACAGAGCCAAGUGUAUAUUGCCAAAUUCUGAAUUUCCGACUCAGGUUCAAAGCCUGUGUCAGUCAAGGCUGACACUGGUGAGAGAUGACUUUUAGAUGCCACAAAAUUAGACCAAGACCAACUCUCCACAAGUCAGGGCCAGUUUAAAACUGAAAUUGCCUCCCUGUUGGGCGUCCCCUAAGCAUUUCUACAAAUCUUGUAUGUAGCAAGCAAGGAAAAAGUAGUAUCUGGGCCAGGACAGCCAAGGCUUUUCAGACAAUUUCAAAACUUCAAACUGGCUCUGCAAUGAAGUGUAAUGAUACGUGAACGUACUUUGGUAAAUACUGAGCCGAUAUUCUUGCCGGAUUACUCCUCGCCUUUCCCCAGGGUUGAUCUCAAGAAUCUACUCUGUGUUUAUCAAGGAGCAAGUGGCUUUUCCCAGGUCUUAUCUGGGAAAUUGGAUGUGCUUUUCCAGUGCAUUUGACCAACUCAGUAGAGGUGUUCAGUUUCCCCUCACUGGUUCCAGGCACCCCACUUAGCCAGUGGAGAUAAUAACCUGUGUGAUCUGCAUACUGUGCUAAGAUGCCUCAAGGACAUUUCUUCCAGGCAUCCUUCUCAUGUAUCCAGCUGAGCAUUACCAGCACCAGACUGAGGAAGUAUGUGAAAAUGCCUUCCGUAGCCGGUACCAGUGUUUAGCUGACAGAGAUCAAUUAUGUGGUAUAUAUAAAAGCAUCCCUGUUGGCAUGUGAAAUAUUUGUAGGCUUCUGAAAUCUGCAUCAUUUUGUGAGAGAUGGUGGUGGUAGCAUGGCUGUAGUAUUUAUCAUUCCUCAACAACUCUUUCCACCAGGCCUCACUGUCAUACAGUGAAGAAUGAUUUUUCAAAGAGCUGUGACAUUCUCUGAGAGGCUUUCUUCUUUGGCAAUACUCCUCUAGAUAAUUUGUUAUUGCUGUUGCUUGAACUAGUUACAAUACUAGGUACCUUCAUAGGAGGGGGCAUUUUGUCUGCAGUGGUUUGUACUGGUUCUCGGAAAGAAUUAUCCAUAUGUUUUAAAUUCUUGGGAUUCCUCUGUAGCAAGAUAUGUUCCUGUCGGGGUGGAGGUGGGGAAAGGGGCAGAAACAUGCCUUACCAUGCUUCUGGGUUGAAAUGGGAGUGUGAUUGUAAAUGGGCCCUUGAGGCACAAUCUUCUUUGGCAGAUGUUGGGCCCAAGUAAAUGGCAAACUGUGUCAGAAUUGAAAUAUUAGGAUAUAACAACACGGCUGAACAGUACAGUUCACAAGGAAUGAGAAAUCAUAGUUUCCCGCUACAUGGACGGGUUGCAAGAAACCUCAGCCUCACUGGCUUCUCCCCUCCCCACCAUCUCCUCAUCUUUGCACUGCUUGGAGGAGAUCAGAAGUGUUUGUUUCUGAUUUCAGUCAAGCUAUCCUUGCCCAUCACAUCUGAGCUUGGGGAACUAUGGCUUUUUUAAAUUCAGUGAACAAACCAGGAUCAGAAACCACAGUUUAAUUUUUGUUUUGUCUUCCUUAAGUUAGAAUGUAACAGGAAAUUAUGGUUUGGAAAUUUAUGGUCUUAUUCAAUGUCCUCAUCUGGCAUGUGAAAAAAGAGGUGGGGGAAGGGGUGUCAUGCAGGCCCCAAGGCUUGCUGAAGUUUGUUCACGUAGCAGCUAACCAUGGCUAUGUCUGAAUCUGGCCUAUAAGAGCCCAGCACACAUUCAGUGUAACUUCUAGUCAGAUUCCAAGAAGGUAUUGUCAAAUGCUUUAAAAAAAUCAGCACUGCAAAAAACAAAACAAAAAAAAAUCACAUUUCACCUCCACUAUGCGUCUUUAAAAAUUUACCUCAAAUUCUUGCUGCCAAUAAAACAAAUAUCACUACUUUAUUCAUUCGGCAUCUUUUGCUGCAUCAAGGAGUUUCAUUUUGUUGUUGUGUAAGACAAUAUCAGAAUGUAUUUAUUUCAGCUAUUGGACAUAACAAUAAAAGCUCUUAAAGUAAAAUAAUAAUAAUAGCAAGCAGUAAAAACAAACAGGGCUUCAUAAAAUAAAAUACCAUGUCCAGCUUACAAUAAACUAAAUACAUGAUCAUCCAGACUUUUGCCAAAUGAUGCAAUUGUAGCCUUUCUAUUUACUUGUAAUUUAAACAAUUCUAAUUUCUGCAGUUUUGACCUGUUGACACAGAAGGGCAGAUUAACCUGCCCUUCUGUGGUGGGCAGGUUAAUCUAUUCUAUACACUUUUGGUAACAGAACAAGACAAACCACAUUGUUUGUCUUCAACUACUUGAGCACAGUGGAUCCAGCUUUUCUGCCAGCGGGAUCAUUAUCUUAGCGGAAUUCCUCUCAGAACACUCCUACUGGCGGAAAAGAGGGGAGGUGAUCUUUUGCUGGUUCUGUUGGCCCCCAGGGACACCUCCCCCUCUCUUCUGGAAAGUCUCUGGAGCAGAUUUGGAAUGGGCAUAGAGGGCUGCAUUGGGAGGGGAAAUAGACUGCAACCCGCCUCCACCAUGCCAGCGGGAAUCCUCUGCUGGUUCAGAAGCCUCCCACAGACGGAAGGAGACCAUCUGUCUGUGGGAGGCAGAUUCUGGAUCCAACCCAGGACCUUAAGUUAUAUGUGAUGUGAUGCUAUUGCCCGUCUAACACAGUAGAGGGCAUGAGUUGAAAUCUUAGCAAUCCAAAAAGCUUUCCCUUAGUUCAAAUAUAAAUCAAUUAAAUAAAUUAAAAAUCUGUGGUGCAACUUAGUCGUUCCCUGCAAAGGAACAGUUUUAGCAUAAGCCAUUAAAAAUUAUCACAGUGAAUAAAGAUCUCAUCCUCCUCUGAAAUACCAGUUUAGCAGCUGAGGUAUUGUCUAAAAAAUAAUCUACAGAAAAGCCAUAUAAUGGGACCAGCUGAGCUAUUCUUUGAAAUUGAUUGGGCAAUCUUGGCAAUCAAAUUGCACAUGUUUGUGAGAAUAAAUCUUUUGGAAAACCUAUCAUGGCAUAUUCAUGAGUUUUCCAACCAAAAAGUUAAAAAGAGGAAAGCAAUGUAUACAUCUUUCAAUAGAUCCUUCCAGAAUGAUUCUUGUCGUGUACAUUUAAGUAUGUAUUCAGACAGAUCUUCUGCUACACUAGCAAGCCAGUGUAGUAAACUACUGUUCACCUAAAGCAGGGGACCAGAUGUUGGUUGGGGCUUAUGGGAGUUGUAGCUCAACAAUGUUUAGAUGUUCACAAGUACCCCAGCCCUUAUUUAAGGACUUAUUAAAACAUUGAGGGCAGGAAAAAAAGCUCCAUUCUACUCCCAGUAUUCCUCAGUCAGCCAUAUUGGCUGCAGCAUGCUGUGAAUUGUAGGACUUUUUUCCUGUCUAAACAUAACACAGGACUGUGACCUUAAGCUAACAUAGAUUAUUGUGUGCUGAGAUAUCUCUCUAAUGUGAAAUUUGCAAUUAGAGUGCAUUGGUUGUUACUUCAGAUUUGUAACCGCAGAGUGGACAUCAUCUAUUCGUAUCCUUACAUAACACAGGUACGUAGUAUGGGUAAAAUCACCAAAUUCUUACUGUGGCUACUCCUAUAACAAACAGAUACUAUUUUGACAGAUAGUGUAUCUGUAUUCAAAUACAGAUACAAGAGAGCACCUGUGCAGUGAAUUCAAAGCCAACAGGAUAUUGUAGUCAUAAAUGAAUGAUUCCAUAAUACAUGUUUUUAUUUUACAUCCUGUAAAAUAAUUACUGAGAUAGUGAUAUGGUGUAAAAUAAAAAUAACCAAAGAUUAUAUCAAAAUAAUCCCUGGAAGAAUAUUGAUGCUUGAGUAACUUUUGUAUGUACAUUAUGUUUUCCUAAAAUAUUGCAGUGAUAAAUACCAAGAUACGUUUUAAAUUUUGCCAGAAAACCUGGGGUUCUUUUCCCCCCUUUUGUUAAUGGUUUAUGUUUAUUGCGGUAUGGUUUCAGUAGUGAGUUAGAUGAAAAAUUGUACAUAACAAAAGAAAAAUAUAUUUUAUGGAGAAAUCUUAUUUUCAGACAUAUUUAACUGCUGUUCUAUUAUUACAGAAAAGCUGUAAAUACAGAGUUGUAGUGUAGUGUAAAAAAAUCUGUCAUUUUGGGGGAAAUAAUGAACAUUUUAAUGUGGUGUUCUCUAUUUUUAUCUUUUGUUAAAUAAAACUUUGCCUGUUAUGGCUUAUUGCACCUGAAUUGCAUGUGGUUUCACUUCAGGAUGUAAUUUAUUCAGGUUUGCACUAAAAUGCUUAAUUUCAUAUUAUAAUAUGUCAUUUUUUUCUUUCCCAUGGUGGAGGCAGGAGAGUGGUUGCAUGGGGGCGGGGGGGCAUGCAUCCUAUCUGGUACAUAACAAAGAGCACUAUGUAUAGAAUAUUUCAGCCUUUUCUUACAUUGACAGAUAAUUGUAUUUGUAAAAUCAAAGGGAAUAUAUAACAGUUUGCCAAAAAAGACAGUAUUUUAUACUUUUGAUAAGAUGUACUUUGUUAAUUUUUUUGUUCAUGUGAUGAAAAAUUUCUUUUAAAUAAAUUAAU